AUGAUGGAAAAUUUUAUCAGGAACAAGGAAAAUGAGCUCGCAACGCUCACCAAAGUACAUAACAGAAAAACCAUUUCUGUUGUAGGGACUUCUUUACAGCGAGAGAUCGAUUCUAGUAGAGUACAUCCGGAGCCACCCUCCUCGAAUAAAAGCGCUACCGAAUAUGUGCCUGUCGAUAUGGAGCCGCGAGGAAUGGAAGGAGUACGAUUAUCAAGUAUCACCAAUCAAGCAGCGGACACAGGAACGAAGAGAACUGUCGAUAUAUUAGGUGCGAGCACCUUCGACCGAGAAAAGUUCGCCGAGGAAUUCCGAAGGAAACUGCUUGCAUUACCGGACGGCUAUUCUCAAAAGGCUACGAUCGCUCUUUCCAAAAGUUACAAACCGAAAACUCAAGUUUUCACACUUCCCCCUUCCUUUUUGGUAGAAACAACUACACCGUCUCCUAUGGUAGAGUCAACGGAGGCCGCCAUCAUGGAGGAAUCAUCUAAAGGGCCAGAAGUUGAGAAACAUAUAACAGACGAUGCUGAGGUUUCUUCGAUACAAUCAGCAGUCGAUGAAAGGAAUAUCACAACAGAGCCUCCACCGAAAGCUGAAGGCGUUGUAGGCAAACAGAAAGAAGCUGUCCAAGGUACUCUCCAAGGCUUCAAGCGCCUGAUGGACUUGUGUGAUGAACCGUUGGAUCCGAUGCUUCAAGAAGAUUGCAACGACGAAAAUUGGAGCUGUCAAACAACAUGCGGUCACAAAUAUCCAGUUACGGAGGAACCAUAUCCUCUGAAUUUACCUUAUCUCCGGAAUCCAUCGAUCGCAUUGAGAAGCUCGCUAGCCCCUUCUUCAACGAAGCCGUCUACGCUUGUGAACAUCACUACACUCACUACAGCUGCUGAAUCACUGGGCUCCUCGAUGACAACUGCGGAACCUGUGCCUUUUAAACUCACCACAAGCUUUGUUAGGAACGUCGAUACCGCCCCGUUAACAGAAAUCAAAACAACAACGGAGGAGAGGCAUGGUUUCGAGCAAUCCUCGCUGGCCCUUUCUCCAGAGCAAGCAAUUAUGGACAUCUGUGACCAGGGCUACGAUCCGAAGUGGGACGAGGUGAGCUACUGUCUCCAUAAAUUGCAUAAAGCAAUCGGAAGCAAACUAUCAUGA